UGGGACACCCAAGCUGGUCUUCAUUGUGAUGGCACUUGAAGCAAUGAGCCCACCCGGGACAAGCCUAAAGAACUAAAUCUGUGGUUUGGUGUGUGGUUACCUUUGAUCCUGCCUGGCAAGUAAGCAGAGGGAAGAGCCAAAAAAAAAAAAAAAAAAAGGAAACAAUAAAUCUGUGGCAUGCUGACUCAGGACCUUUCACACUGUAAGCUUUGAACUGUACACACAGCUUCUGCACCUUAUCUAGGCUUCACGUUCUCACCUAGGAAGUGCCUUCGUGUCAUUUUUCAGCCUGUACUGCAACAAGUCGUUUCAGGAACAUGAUGAAUGCAAAAGCCACCUCUGAAGGUGAGGAAGAAGCUUCAGGAAUGAGGAACGAGACCCUGGGGGAGAGUGGCCACUCAGGAGAGGUUAAGAGGAGACAAGUGAUCCUUGUUGCCUACCUGAUUGCAGCCCUAGACCUGACCUUUCUCUUCAUGCAGAUGGGAAUCAUGCCUUACUUGGCAAAGAGCCUGGGUUUGGAUUCAGUGGGGUUUGGCUACCUCCAGACAAUCUUUGGUGUCCUCCAGCUUGUGGGAGGUUACAUUUUCGGAAGGUUUGCAGACCAAUUUGGUGCCCGAGCAGCCUUAAUUCUCUCCUGUGCAUCUGGAAGUGUCUUAUUCCUGCUUAUGUCCAUCUCCACCAGCAUCCCCCUCCUCUUCCUCUCCAGGCUGCCAGGGGUGUUCAUGCAUGUGAUACCAGGUGCUCAGAAGGUUAUUACAGACAUGACUUCUCCUUCCCAACGUGCUGAUGCCUUGGGGAAGCUGGGUCUUUGCUUUGGAAUAGGCAUCAUCGCUGGCUCUGCGCUGGGAGGUGUCCUCUCCACCAAAUUUGGCAUUUUUGUUCCUAUAUAUCUUGCACUGGUGGGAAGUCUCAUCAAUACCCUGAUAGCAGUGGUUUGGAUCCCUUUGCGCCCUAAACCGAAGUUAAACCAGCAUGUGACAGAGAACAGUACAUCACAGUCCAGCAGCUUGUUUAGCAUCAGAGAAAUUCUACGUCUGAUGAAGUUUCCAGGAGUAAUGGAAGUUUUUAUAGUCAAGGUCUUUGCUGGACUUCCCAUAGGUUUGUUCAUGAUUAUGUUUUCCAUCAUCUCUAUGGAUUUCUUUGGCUUGGAAGCAGUGGAGUCUGGAUACCUGAUGUCAUAUUUUGGUGUCCUUCAAAUGGUUGUCCAGGGUUUGGUUGUUGGAAAACUCGCUAACCACUGCACAGAGAUGACACUGCUCAGACUCAGCGUCUUCGUCUUUGCCGGCGUGGGCCUGGGCAUGGCCCUGAUGAGGACUGUGUGGCACUACUGCAUCAUUGCAGUGCCACUGGUGUUUGCCUUCAGCAUGCUGGCCACCAUCACCGACAGCAUCCUCACCAAGGCUGUCCCCUCCUCUGACACUGGUGCCAUGCUUGGGAUUUGUGCCUCAGUGCAGCCCUUGACACGGACAGUGGGCCCAACCAUUGGUGGAGUUUUAUAUAAACAGUUUGGAGUCUCCUCCUUCGGCUAUUUACAGCUAGUGGUCAAUAUAGGUUUGUUUGUUUACCUCUUAAAGAGUAAAAUCCCACUGAGAGAGGUGAAAGGCCAAUAACUCAUGUGCAAGAAAGUAACUGCCUUACUUUUCCAUAAAGAUGGUUUUGGGGGUUUAUUUUUGAUUCUGUAAACCUAGAAUAAAACAAUUUGAACAAUC